GGAGGCCGGAAGGCGCGCCCUGCUUUCGGGAACUGGAGAGACGCGAGAGCCGGAGAGACGAUGCUUAAGGUACAGGGAAAACCGUUUCCUGGAACACCUGAGUUGUAAUUCAGUCUUGAGUUACCGACAGUCAAGGGGCAAACAAUGCUUCAUGCCACGAGUGAACUGGAGUUUUCGAACGAAAACAGUACGGAGGAGAUCUCCCAGCUCGCUUCCCUGGCACUGUCAGAUGACACAGCAACCAGCGAAAAAACCUCCGCUGGUUUACCCGAAAAAACUGGCUACCGGGACUCCGUUUACGUUACGGCAGCAAACAUUUUUCAGGGUAUUCGAUUCGAAAAGUCACCAGAGAAAGUCUUAAUUAAGUAUGGGAAUGAACCCCUGCCGUCCUUGACCGAGUCUGAGGAUGAAUCCUUUCAGCGUUCUUCCUAUGAGCUGGCUUUCAGUGCUCUGAAGUAUCAAGAUAUUUUGGAAACUAUAUUAAUAGACAGCUAUAUCUUCCCAAGUGCCACAAUACCAGAUCAUUUGAGCAGUCUUAUUAUUGUGAUGCUGUACGAUUUCCAAGAUAGAAAAUUUCAAGCUCGUUUCCUUUCUGAUAAUGAAGAGCCCAUAGCAGAAGUUCAAGAAGUAGAGAACCUUCUUAACAGUUUUAAGAUAAAAUUGGCUGCAGCAUUGGCAAGAUGUCGAAUCAAACAUGAUGCCCUUUCAAUUUACCACAUUCUUCCAGAAACAGUUAGGAACCAGGAACUAAGGGCCUCUACUUUGCCACUUUAUGCUUGGAUAAAUACUUGUAAAAUCAGCCCUGAAGAUGUUUAUUAUAGUUUGAAGAAAAGAGGCUAUAAUAAAGUCAAAUCUGUAUUGCAUAUUGACGAUAAAGUCUUUGCUAUGGACCAGCAUUGCUAUGAUGUCUUAAUUUUUCCAUCUCAUCUUAAAAAUAAUCUUCUAAAUAUAGAUCUUUUCAAAGAUUAUAAACUUAUAUUUCAGGACAAAUCUCGAAGUCUUGCUGUCCAUUCUGUAAAGGCUUUAUUAAAUAUGGAUGAUGAUAUCUUAGUGGUCAAUACAGGUUCAUGGUACACAGUUGCCCAUAUGUCAGUCUUAACAGAUAAUAAUACAUCAAAAAUAUUUGUGUGUGGAGUAAAAUCUCAAGCUAAGGAUCCUGACCUGAAGAACCUUUUUACAAAAAUGGGAUGUAAAAAUAUUGAAAUACUUCAUGAAGCAUUUCUUAACAUUGAAUCAAAGGAUCAUAGAUUACAAAAAGUGAAAGUGAUUCUGCUGCUACCUCGUUGCUCAGGACUGGGUGUUAGUAAUCCAGUAGAGUUUAUAUUAAAUGAGCAUGAAGAUACAGAUUUACUUAAAGAUUUCUCUCAAGGAGGUACAUCAGAGGAUAAACUUCACAUUCUUGUCCAACAGCAAUAUGAACAGCUAACACAUGCAAUGAAAUUUACUAAAGCUCAAGCAGUUGUUUAUUGCACGUGUUCGGUUUAUCCAGAAGAAAAUGAAGAUGUUAUUAAGAAAGCACUGGAAUUUCAAGACCGUGGGAUUAAAGUACAGCCUUAUAGGCUUAGUCCUCCUGUCCUUCCCCUGAGCUCAUUGAAGGAAAUACAUCUGUCUACUGAUAAGUUUUUCAGAAUGGAACCAUCUGAAGUUACCAAUGGUUGUUUUCUUUCUGUUCUAACAAGGGAGCGGGACCCAUCUGAGGCAGUGUCUGUGAAAGAUGUUUUGGCCCGUGCUGCAGCAAAGGGUCUACUGGAUGGAAUCGAGUUGGGUAAAACUUCAAAACGGGAGAAGAAGAAGAAGAAAAAAUCAAAAAUAUCAUUGUCAAAAGCUCCCAUGAGUAAUAACGGCGGCAUCCAAAUGAAAAUCGCUGAAUUCCUGACCCGAGAAAGUAAUGCAAAUGCUGAUCGGUCAGAGAUACUCACAACAAAAACGUCUCUUCCGCAGAAAAAUACAACUACAGCUGGUUCUUCCUCACAGGUCAGAAAACCCAACAAGCCCGCCAGCAAUUCUUUAGUGCCUACAUUUACGAAGAACACAUCUCGCCCCAGACCAUAUGAACGACAGACACACUUAGCAAGAUCUCGCCCAGAAGACAGAGUGAUGACACUGAAGCCUGUAGAGAUUGUUUUGCCUCCAGUCAUGUUGCCGUUUCCAGGUUCCCAGGAGAUCAAAUCUCAGCUCCCAACUCGACAUCUUUACUGUCGUUGGGUUGGACCCAAGACUCUCAUGCCCAGCUACUUUCCCUCACCAGUGAUCUCCAGAAGAGGGGAAAAGCCUAAAGAAAACUUACCUUCCUCCCUGCUCAGGCGUCCUCGACCAUGGCUUUGACUGUCUUGUGUUUUCGACAGGGGUCAAGAGCAGCUGAUGUUUUUCAAAGCCCGGUAUUUCUCCGAGGGUUAGCCGUCCCUAUGUAAGAUACUCCUACUUUUGCCCACUCGGUAUCUUCUAAAUGUGGUAUCACCUUCACGAGAAUUAGGACAAGUGAGAAACAACAAUGGAGGCAAUUCAACAAAAUCAGAAUUCCCACAUCUCAACAGCUCAGUGCUGAUCUGUACUGCAGCGUCCAGCUUAGACUCGGUAUCUGCUGUCAGAACUUGUGUCUCUCCCCUCAACUUUCAGUCUGGACUCAGGACACUGGUUUUAAGAGAAAGGUGUGGCAAUUUAUACUGAAGGGAAACACUGUCGGCCUUGCAACAGACUUGAGGCGGUCUACUAGAAAGCGUAGGUGUGCAAAAGCUGCGGAUUUCUCACACCAGCUUUACGUUGCUUUUUCAGUAUCCACCUGUGGUUUGACAUUUUCAGUCUCUAUGAUUGAUUUUUUUCUUAAAUAUCAAAACAUUCUUUAAACGGGGGUGUUAUGAGUUUUUGUGAUGUGAUUGAGAUGGAGUAGGAAGAACAGGAGGUUCCAAAGAUCCAGGUGUGUGUAGUUCAGAUGUAUGUUAAGAGAGCAAAAAUGGUUUCUCAUUAGAAGAGCUUCUGGAUCCUGAGCCGAUUGAACACAAUCAGCUGUCCCUUCUGUUUAUGCCAAAUCUGGUUGUAAAAAAGUGGCUGUACACAAAUUUCCAUCCCAAUAGUACUAAUUCUGAGGAAGAGGCAAAACUGUGACCCCUCUUAUUGAAGAAAUCCAUGAAAAUGUCUGAUUCUGUUCAAAGAUCAGGUAAAAAUGCUAAAAUCUACCAGUCAUUUCAUAUGGCACAUAGUAAUCAAACUUGGGUAAAUCAUCUCUGAUGCACAGUUAAGAUAUAUUGUAGCACUAUGUUAAUUAUAUUAAAAGUCAAUUCAUCUUGAAUGUAUUAUCCAUUGUCUACCAAGAAUUAGUAUGAUUAUCAUUUCAGGGUCUAUUGAUUUUCUUCUUUAUCAUGGAAACAGAAAUUGACAUUUAAUCAAAUAAGUUACAACUAUGAAACCUAUUGUUUAAGAAAAUGUUCAUAGACACAAAGUUUGAAUAUAAAGUUCUAUUUUCAGAAUCCAGUCGUGUUGAACAGUGUUAUGUAAAUUCCUAACUGUUCAGUUCAGGCGGCAUGAUUUCAGUAGGAUAUUAUCCUCUUCAAGAUGAAUUUUUAGAUCUGUUUUAGCUUAAUACUCUAUUUUCUCACUUGCAGUGAGGAUAAACAAAAUGGUGAAUUUCAUUUUAUUGGUAAUAUUUUAGCUAAAAAGUUACAUUUAUCAGUAGAAUAUGUCAGUGAAGAUAGGAAACAAGCCUUUGUACACUUGAACUUUGUAUUUUAAAUCCUCAAAGAAUUCUCAAUUAUGACUCUCAGCAAGUACAGAAAUGUUGUAAAUGCUCAGCUUAUUUUACCGACUGCAAAAAUCAAAAACGAUAGAUUUCUUUGUUCCAAAAACUCCCUUUCCUCUUUCCCUCCGGUUUGGCUGGCUCGGAGCGCCCCGUGCCCCUAGGGCACUGGUGCAGCUGCAGUGAACUCUGCUGCGUGCAGAACUGCCGUGUUAUCCCUGGAAUCGCUCAUCCCUCCUGUGCUCUCCCCAUGCUGAAAAGUAUGCGUUGGCCACAGUAGCAGGCCUGAGAGCCUUAUUUUCUGUGAUGGUCUGAAAAGGAAGCCCUCAUUGUGAAGGAAUAGUUCAGCGUGUUUUUCUGAUAAACUUGUGAUUCAUGUCAUAUCACGACUGAAGCCACUUAUUUUCAGUAUCUCCUAACACGCAUCUUGCCACUAUUCUCUUUAGAAAUCUAUGGAGAUUCUGAAGGGUUUGUUAAGCCUGUCGUUUUCUUGAGAGUCUUCCGAGAAGGGCAUGAUAAAUUAUUUAAGUACUUUUGUAGCGACAAAAGGGAAACAUACUUUGGAUAAAGACAACAUGAGAGAAUGAGUGAAGGAGAAUAUUGAUUACACGGACAGUCUCCUUUCUUGAGCUUCUUAGAGGGAAGUGCUGCAAAAAUCUAAAGUAAUGGGUUAGCAGUAUUUAGAGUCUCCAGUGGCAGAUUUUAUCUGAAAUUACUUGCCACUAAUAUAAUACCUGAAACCAAAAUGAAAGUUCAUUCCUUCAGAGUAACUGCCUUUGAUAGAGUAAAAGAGAAACUAUGGGUGCAGAAACGCAAGAAGAACCAGAAAAAUGGGUACAGACUCUAAAUCCUGCUUCUCUUCCGCAUGUCUGACAGUUAAACUCACCCAGAUUCACCUGGUUUUUCUGGUUACCUUUGAUUUUGGAUUUAGUGCCUGUGCAACUUUACUCUUCAUUCUUUGACGUCAGGUUCUUAAAGGAACUGAAAGGUAGACUCUCUUAACACUAGACUGCUUACCCAGGCCUUGCAUUGGGGACUCAAGAUGCCAGCUGUCCUUCCUGGUCACCGGAUAAGAGCAGUGUGGUGAAUUACUCAAAAUUUAAAGUUACCUUCUAGUUCUUACCAGGUGGAAACCUGCAGUAGUGAAGCAGAAUAAUUUGAAAAUAAAAUGACUGGUGUGGCGACCCUGGA